AUGCUAAGAUCACUACCUAAAAGGGUUAUAUCUUCUGCAAGAACCCAACUGUUCAUCAACAACCAAUGGGUCAAUUCCAAAUCCAGACAAACCUUCAAGACCAUCAACCCCUACACUGAAGAAGUCAUUGCUGAAGUCCAGCAAUCCAACGAAGCCGACGUCGAUAUAGCUGUAAAAGCAGCCAGAACUGCAUUUGAUAAAGGACCAUGGAGAAGAAUGAGCGGAAAAGAGCGUGGAAAUUUAAUACUGAAGCUCAGCGAUCUAAUCGCAGACAACUUCAGCCCUCUGAGCACUUUAGAAAUCAUUGACUCCGGCAAGCCAAUUAAAGAUGUCACAACGAUCGAUCUUCCGUUUUCUAUUGAUUUCUAUAAAUACUACGCAGGACUGGCAAAUAAUAUCAGAGGUAAAACAAUCCCAAUCACAGGCCCUUAUACUUGUUAUACUAGAUAUGAGCCAGUUGGGGUCUGUGCUCAAAUAAUCCCGUGGAAUUAUCCUCUGAUGAUGCAGUGCUGGAAAAUGGCACCUGCACUUGCUGCUGGGUGCACACUUGUAUUGAAGCCUGCUGAGCAGACUCCUCUGACAGCUUUAAAACUUGGAGAACUCAUUAUUCAAGCUGGAUUCCCUGAAGGCGUUAUUAAUAUACUACCAGGGUAUGGAGAUGUGGGAAGGGCAUUAACCUUACACCCUGGGGUUGACAAAGUUGCAUUUACAGGCUCAACUGAAGUCGGAUGCGAAGUUAUGAGAAACUCAGGGACAAAAGGGCUGAAAAGGAUUUCUUUAGAAUGUGGAGGGAAAAGCCCACAUAUUAUUUUUGAUGACUGUGAUAUGGAGUGCGCAGUUGCGUGUGCCCAUUUUGGAGUUUUUGGGAAUAUGGGGCAGUCUUGUAUUGCGGGGACCAGAGUUUAUGUCCAUGAGAAGAUUUAUGAUCAGUUCAUUGAAAAUUCUGUAUAUAUGGCCAGGGCAAGGCUCCUUGGAGACCCAAUGGAUAUAAGAACCCAUCAUGGUCCGCAAGUAGAUCAAACUCAGAUGGAAAAAAUAUUAGGAUAUAUAGAGAAAGGCAAAAGUGAAGGAGCCAAACUUGUGACAGGAGGGAAUAGAUGGGGAAAUAAAGGCUAUUUCGUAGAGCCCACUAUUUUUACUGAUGUGAAAGAUGAGAUGACGAUUGUAUCGUUUGCGUUUGUUAGACUUAUAGAGAACUUACCAUUCCUUCUGAGGCAAAAACUGGGCAUUGGAGGAAAGGAUACGUCAACUAAACGACAUUGCGAUUCUCCAAACCAAGAAAACCUGGGUGAAAUGCACAUUUAGGAGCGCAUGUCUCUUCUUUAAGCUCCCUGCACACCCUGAGGAUGCCAGCUACAAGAAUGAAGAGGGUGAGUUGUUCUCCACGCCAUUUUAAUGUAUAUGAAAUGACGAUUGCCAAAGAAGAGAUUUUUGGGCCUGUUAUGAGCAUAUUGAAGUUCAAAGAUAUUAAUGAGGUGAUUAGUAGAGCAAAUAACUCAAAAUAUGGUCUUGGGGCUGGUGUGCAGACUAUGGAUAUUGAAAAAGCGCUUAAGGUGACUAAUGCAAUGAAAGCGGGAACUGUUUAUGUGAAUUGUUAUGAUUAUCAGACUGAAAAUACGCCGUUUGGUGGAUAUAAGCAGUCUGGGUUUGGCCGUGAGCUAGGUGAGGAUGGACUUUACCAAUACUUAGAAUGCAAAACAGUAAUAAUCAAGAAUUCUGCUGACACCCUUCCAUAA